UGUCCCAGCGCUCACUCUCUCUUUCUGUCUCACUCUCUGCGCUGCCCGCCUGAAUACAGUCUACAGGCGUGAGUGCUACUGAGUUACCACAGACAGACAGAGAGCAGACUGCCUGGUUGGACCAGCGCGUUUCCGAUACAACACUGCAUCAUUGUCUCAGAGCAGAGGGAAGGCAGACUUUAGCACAGGUACAUACUGGUCUUCACAGAUAGAGGCAGAAAUGUGGUUUAAAUUUGCAACAGUACUGCUGGUUUUGUCAGUUUUGGAGCAAGUGGUGGGAUUGGAUAAUAUCGAUGUUCAUGACAACCCGUCAGAGAAACCGGCAAGCCAGAAAGGACGGAUGUCUCUGCAGAACACAGCUGAGAUCCAGCACUGUCUGGUGAGUGCAGGAGACGUGGGCUGCGGUGUGUUUGAGUGUUUUGAGAAUAACUCUUGUGAGAUCAGAGGCCUGCAGGAGAUCUGUCUGACCUUCCUACACAACGCCGGAAAGUUCGACUCCCAGGGUAAGUCGUUCAUCAAGGAUGCUCUGAAGUGCAUGGCCCACGGCUUGAGACACAAGUUCAGCUGCAUCAGCAGGAAGUGCCUGGCCAUUAAAGAGAUGGUGUUCCAGCUGCAGAGAGAGUGUUACCUCAGACACAACCUGUGUUCUGCAGCCAAGGAGAACGUUGCUGUCAUGGUGGAGAUGAUCCACUUCCAGGACCUCUUCCCUAAAGGGCCGUAUGUGGAGCUGGUCAACAUUCUACUGAGCUGUGGGGAGGAGGUGAAGGAGGCCUUAACCAGGAGCGUCCGGCUGCAGUGUGAGCAGAACUGGGGGGCUCUCUGUGACAGCCUGAGUGUCUGCUCUUCCCUCACCCCYCCUCCCGGYCAGGCYCCCKCCUCCCCCGACCACCGCCGCCACRGGUCCCCCCACUCYGAGCCAGACCACCCCMGACCCCCCCGACAGGGGGACAAGGACAAGUCCAGUAAAGGAGGCUUCAAUGUCCACCCCCGCAGCCGCAGCCAGGGUCCCCGUCGACAGAGCCCCGAGGCUGGGGUGGUGGCGGAGCAGGAAGGCCCUGAGGCCACAGACAUCCGGAGGUGAAAGAGACAUUGGACCCUAACUAUCCAGAGCCCUCCCUGACCGUGUCACCAUCAUAGCCCCCUCCCCCCACACACACACACACAUACACACACACAGACAUACACACACACAGACAUACACAUAGG